GGGCGGGCGCGCGAGUGCGCGCAGAAGCGGCGGCUGAACCCGGCGGACUAGCUGCGGCCACGGAGCCGCCAACUCGCGUGCGUCCCGCGCUCCGCCAGCCGCUGAGAGAGCCGCCGGCGUUGCCUGUGACCUUGUGAGGCUGGCAUGCAGGAUGGCAGGACAGCCCAGCCACAUGCCCCAUGGAGGGAGUCCGAACAACCUCUGUCAUGCACUGGGGCCUGCACCCCCUCCAGACCCACAGAGGCACCCCAACACCCUGUCUUUCCGCUGCUCGCUGGCAGACUUCCAAAUUGAGAAGAAGAUUGGCCGAGGACAGUUCAGUGAGGUUUACAAGGCCACCUGCCUGCUGGACAGGAAGACGGUGGCUCUGAAGAAGGUGCAGAUCUUUGAGAUGAUGGAUGCCAAAGCCAGGCAGGACUGUGUCAAGGAAAUUGGUCUCCUAAAGCAACUGAACCACCCGAACAUCAUCAAGUAUCUGGACUCGUUCAUCGAAGACAAUGAGCUGAACAUCGUGCUGGAGUUGGCUGACGCGGGCGACCUCUCCCAGAUGAUCAAGUACUUCAAGAAGCAGAAACGGCUCAUUCCUGAGAGGACCGUGUGGAAGUACUUUGUGCAGCUGUGUAGUGCUGUGGAGCACAUGCACUCCCGACGUGUGAUGCACCGAGACAUCAAGCCCGCCAAUGUGUUCAUCACAGCUACAGGCAUCGUGAAGCUUGGCGACCUCGGCCUCGGCCGCUUCUUCAGCUCGGAGACCACUGCAGCCCACUCACUAGUGGGAACACCAUACUACAUGUCACCUGAGAGGAUCCACGAGAAUGGCUACAACUUCAAGUCAGACAUCUGGUCCCUAGGCUGCCUGCUGUAUGAGAUGGCAGCUCUCCAGAGCCCCUUCUAUGGAGAUAAGAUGAAUCUCUUCUCCCUUUGUCAAAAGAUUGAGCAGUGUGACUACCCACCUCUCCCAGGGGAGCACUACUCUGAGAAGCUUCGGGAACUGGUCAGUAUGUGUAUCUACCCUGACCCUGACCACCGACCUGACAUUGGAUAUGUGCACCAGGUGGCUAGGCAGAUGCAUGUCUGGACAUCCAGCACCUGAAUGCAACGCCAAACAUCACUUGUCUAACUUGAGCCUUCUCCCCAAGUGGUACCUGGAAGCCUCCACAGCCAAGACCAGAGGGCUCAGCUGGCUCCCAAAGGCGGCUGCCUGAAAACAGUUGGGUUAUGGUCAGAUUCCAAAGUCCUUUCAUUGAACUGUUGCAGACAAUCUGAGCUGGUCUAUUAGUGGGAGAAGGGGCUUGGCAGUCACUAAAGCCCCUUGUACCGACUGAAAUGUGAACCUCUGCCUGGUUGCCUCAGACCUGCCCAGGCCCACACUGUCAGGAGACUGAAGGGAGCUGGGUGACUGGUGGGGGUAAGCCUUUGCAGACAGUUAACACCAGCUGGUUUAGUUCUUAGUACCUUUCCAUACAAUCAGGCUGCGUGCUCCAUUUACUCUCCUGUAAAGGGAUACAAUGAAAACAAUGGUUUAGAGUAGAGGUUUCACUAAUAUUUCCUCUGCAUUUUCUAACUUGAUGAGUGGCAGUGAGGAGCACCAAGCAUCAGGCAUUGUGAGGCAAAUGGCAUC